CACUGAUGGUAAUGCCAAGUACAUUUAAUUGCCACUACAAACAUACCAGAGCUUGUCUGAAUUUCCAUUUUAUACAGCCUAUACAGAGGAUCAUAAAACUAUUGUACAUUAUUAUUGAGAUCAAAGAUCCACCACUGUAUUAACUUCUCUUUGAUCCAACAAUUUAUUUUGUGUUUUUGUUUGUUUGUGUGUGUAUAAAUAUAGUAUAGCUGUGUUUUUGUUGCCUAUGAUAUUGCUUUAACUUUGUGAAUUAGCACCCUCCCCCAUAAUGAGUUCCAUGUCAUCCAGAUCAAUCAUAUCUACUCCAGCAGAAACACCAGAAUUUGUUGAACUAGAUCUCAGAAACAAUAGUUGCCCUAUUUGUCAUAAUGUGUUAAGAGACUGUGUUCAGUUGCCUUGCGGGCACAAGACUUGUGAAUCCUGUAUUGACCAGUUAUUUAAUAAUUCCAUUUCGGAAGGAACCUGUCCAGUGAAUGAUGAAGACUGUUUUGCUUUUUCAAGGAGCGAUGUUGUUCCAGAUUAUGGCACCAGAAGAGAAAUUCUAAAAUCCAAAGUAUAUUGUCCGUACAAGAUAAAUGGAUGUGCCACAACAAUAGAAUGGCAAAAACUUCAGAACCAUAAAGAAAGCUGUGAACAUAAACCUAGAGAAUGUCCAAACAGAAACGAAGGUUGUCAAGAAACUCUCUCAUUCAAAGACAUAACAGACCACAUUACCAACCAUUGUCUGUACUCUCUUGUAUCAUGUCCAGAUUGUCAAACACCUGUCAUGAGAAAAGACCUCCAGAAUCACCAAGAUGAUUGCACAAGAUUUCCUAUUUCCUGUAAAUUUCAUUGUGAUGUAGGAGUGCUACCACGAGAGGAGAUGAAAGUUCAUGAGAAUUCAUGUCCAAAGAAGUUAUCAAAGUGUCCAUAUUCCAGUGCUGGCUGUAAUUUUGAGGGAAAAGAAAAUGAAAUUCAAGACCAUGAAAAAUCAGCACUUGUUUAUCAUCUGUCUUUAAAUCAAGAUUAUGCCAAAAAUAUGGAACAACAAAACUUCAAUAUACAGCAAGAGAUGCAGAUUCUGAAAGACCAAAAAGUACAUAUGGAAGAAGAAAUAAUAGCCACCAGAAAUGAUUAUAGAACUUUGGUACAACAUUAUGAAGGUUUGAAAAAGGAUUACGUAGAUUUUCAGAUGAGAGUUGUCUCAACUGUAGAAAAAGUAUUUGGGAUGGAAGAACUAUUAAAAAAUGUUCCCAGUAAACAUACAACUGAUAACCUUGGACGGGAACUAAGGUCAUUAAAAGAUAACCAGGAAGAAUUAAAUAGAAAACUAUCAGACUUUGAUCGACAAGGUUUCACAAGUGGAGGAGACACAAGACGCAGUAACACAGAUCCUAGUAGCACAGAGGCAUUAAAAAAACAAAUUUCAAAUUUGGAGAAACAAGCAGCAAUUCAGGACAUUCGUUUGGCAGAAUUAGAUUUAAGGUUUCAAAUCUUAGAAACUGCAAGCUAUAAUGGCAUUCUUAUUUGGAAAAUAAUGGAUUUCGCUCGCAGAAAAAAUGAUGCUGUAAGUGGUCGCACAUAUUCUUUAUUUAGUCAACCUUUUUACACCGGACGAUUCGGAUAUAAAAUGUGUGGAAGAGUAUAUUUGAAUGGAGACGGAAUGGGAAAAGGAACACAUCUAUCACUGUUUUUUGUCGUGAUGAAGGGAGAGCAUGAUGCACUUAUGCAGUGGCCUUUUCAACAAAACAUUCAAAUGGGAUUGUUAGAUCAGCAAGAUGGAUCAUCACCAGUAUCAGAUAGCUUUAGGCCAGACACUUCAAGCUCUAGUUUCCAGCGACCAACAACAGACAUGAAUACUGCAGUAGGAUGCCCAAUGUUCGUUUCUCAUGCAAAAUUAGAAACAAGGAAAUAUCUGAGAGAUGAUACAAUAUUUUUGAAAAUUGCUGUUGAUACAUCAGGUCUGCCACAUCAUUAACAACUCAUUAUGGGGGAGGGUGACAAGUCUUGCCACAUCUUCCAGUCCAGUUUGGUAACAUUCAUACAAACUGGACAGGAUAAUGUAGCAGGCUCUUUUUCUGUCUUUCUGGGGGGUGUUUUUUUUGACAGCUUUUACAGGAAACAUAAGUAACAAAUAAAAAUCUAUAAGUUAUUUUAUUUGACUAAAUUCCAUCAAAUUUGAAGGUAUAUUGCUUAAGAAAGAUUUGUUUUAUUGACAUAGUUAAAGAUUGCAGUAUAAAGAGGAUAUUGCUAUCAAAAACUUUAUUUUUGUACCUUUUGAUUAAUUUUUCAAAUUCCAAGUAAGAAAAAGUUGACUUUGAAUGCCAAUUUGAAUUAUCUCCCAUACAUCAGUAUUCAGAAUUUUAAUAAAAAAAAACUUAGUCUUUUUAUUUAUAUAUUGUUUGAACUUUGCCUGCCUUUUAAAUCUUGUUUAAAGUGAUUUUUUUUUAAACAAUAGCAUUUCCAUUUGGAUUUACUGAACUAGUGAUGUUUAUCCAUAGGAAAUAGUAAAUGAAUCUUCAAAUUGUGUUUUGAAAGUAUUCAAAGUCAAGGUUAAAUUUUUAUAACUAUAGAGCAUUUUUAUCUCAAUAUUUCACUGAGAAGUAAUUUUCCAAAUUAAUGAUGGUAAAUUUCCUUUUUGGAAAGUAAAACCUACCUGAAUAAUUAUAUUAAUAAGCAAUCCAAAAGAUAAAUAGGACAUCACAGAAGAAAAAGCAGACAUGCAGCUUAAUGGCUUCAAUUGAAACACUAGUUUUUAAAUCAGAAUAAAAUAUUAUAGUUUAUUUCUCAUUAAAUCUAGUUUAGUUGAAGUUUGGAAUUUACAUAAGAAAUGAACUAUUCAUAUCACGAAUUCCAUGACCUUGUUUGACUUUUCUUAUAGCACUUUUUGGUUUUAUUAGCUCUUCAACAUUUGUAAUAAUUUUUGGACUUUAAAAAUGGUUUUAAGCAAACUAAAGAGACGUUUAUUGUUAAAAUGUGCAUGUAGUGCAAUAACAUUGAUACUGAUAAUGUUAUAACACAUUUGGUAAAAACUUACUAAAAAUGAUUUUCAUAAUUUAAGAGGCUAUACUCAGUACUCUCAAUUUUAAAUAAACAAAAUCAGAUUGAGACAAGCUUUUAUCUCUUGUUAUUAUUUUAUAAUUCUUCUUCAAAAAAGAUAAAUUAAUUGAUUUAAAUCAGUACUGAAAAAAAGUUUCUGUUUUGAUGUACUUGUAUAACAUUAUGAAUUAUUCAUAUGUUUCUUAAAUUAGUAGUUGUUUAUUUAAGGAUUAAACAUACCAUCAUGUUAUCUUAUGUUUCCAUGUAAAGCUGUCCCUCUGAAAUUUUCAGAAAAAAAUAAUACCUUUUGGACUUCUAUUUUGAUUUGGUCCCAGAAAGGGUUUGGUUGUUAGAAUAUUAGAGAGAAAUCUUGAUAUUAAACUAUAAUAAACUGAAUCCUUGUGAAACAUUUAUUUCAGAUUGGAAAUAACUCAGUUUAAUUAUAUUUCUUUUUAAAAUGGUUUUCCUACCUUUAUUAGAUAAUUUAGAAUUAUAUAGAAAAAGACAUAUUUUAAUGGAUGUUAUUUGACAGAAAAAUAUACAUUUGUAUUUGUCAGAUUUUAAAAAGUAUAUGUUGUUAUAUUUCCUUGGUCAAAAAACCUUUCUAAUGGGAAUCAGAACACAUAACUUAAUUUUUUGUGAAUAAUUAUACAUACACACAAGUACAUGUGUGUGAUGUGUUGAUGUGGCAGACUUGAAACUAGAAGUUAUCUAGAAAGAUAACAUUUCAGCAUUAUCACCAGAGCUGGAUUACAGAUGGGAAAUUGCUCCAAAACAAUUUGAUGUUAUAUAUAUAGUGAUGUUUAGAUGUUUAUUCUUAGACAAUGAACAUGAAUAACAACUAUCUUGUUAACAAGAAAAUACAUUUUGCAAGAAAUUAUGAAUUCAGUGACUUAUGAUUUCAACAACCAUACUUGUUUAUGUGCAGGGCAUUGAAUCUGCAAAACUUGUAUUAAGAUGCCUAUUUAGCCUGAAUGUCAAAAAUGACUAUUAGCUGUUUAUUCUGUUUGAAAUCUGAAAUAAUUCAAUAAGUGUAAAUGAAAAUCUAAUUGCUUGGAGAAUCCUAAAAGAAGGAUAUUGAUGUGCAUGAUACUGUGUAGUUGAGCUACAUUGUAUAUUGUUUGACAAACUAAUUAUAAUGAAUGCCUGAGCCUUCUAGAUGAAGUAAUGAAAGUAAAAAUAAUAUAUGAUAUUGUUUAAAAGUUCAGUUGUAAACUUUGUACCCAUCACAUCUUUGUGUUCAAAGAUUGAUAAAGACAAUAUGUAUUAGAUUGUCUGGUGAUAAUAGAAGUUCUAACUAUUAUAUGAUAUCAGUGUGAUUUCUGAACAAUGCAAGUUUUGUAAUUGAUGUAACAAAAAAAUGGCAACUGUGUGUUGGUACAUGGUUCUCUGGAGUAGACAUUUUGAUUUAUGGAGGAAGUUAUCAGUAUUAUAAACAUUUUAUUAACUUCAUGUCAAAUGCAUUUUUUUCAUUGGAACUCUAUAUCAUAUUUUUUUAACAAUAAAUAAUUUUCAUUUUAGCCAUGCAAGCUAGGAGUAAACUGCAAUAAAUAAAUAUCUUUUGUUAUGGCCCCGCAAUGAAGUUGUCAGUGUCAUAUAGUUUUACCCUUGUUUUAAUAUAAUUCCUUUAUGCCUGCAUUUGCAAGUUAUAUUCUACAACAUGUUCGAUAUAAAAAAAACAAAGAAAAUAUUUAGCAUGUAAAUAUGUUUUCUUCUGUUAGUUAGGAUUUUUUUUUUCUAAUUACUUUCUCAAUAUAAUCACAAAUCAUCUUCUCGUUAUUAUAUCUUAUCAUUGAUAGUUUUAAUUUGAUAUACUUGGUAUGUCUCAAGCUAUUUUAGUGUCUAAUAACCAGUUAUACAUGUUAUAACAAAUAUUUUACCAUUAACAAGUGAGGGAUAUAUUUGAAUGAAACAGAACUAUUGGCUAUAUAUUGCAAAUAACAUCUCUAGCAUAUAAAAAUCAUUAGUAUUUCACUUGCAUUUCAAUUUCAUCAGAGUCAAGAUUCAUUACGCUUCAGAAAAAGGCAUUAACUGAAUCAAAGUGUUACAGCUGAUUGCAUAGAGUGUGUAGGCAAAGGUAAUAUAUUUGGUUAGCUUGCUUGCUAGAUGAACCAUGAAGUCAGUAUUAGGUACGGUAAACUACCCUCAUUUAAGAGUAGACUAGUCAGACAGAUAACCAAUCUAUAAAUCUGUAGGAAUAGACAACUUUGAAAGGAUGGUUGUAUACCUUACCUAUUGAUUUGACUUCACAAUUCAGCUAGCAAGCAAUUUAACCUAAGAUAUUACCAUUCUCUACACACUCAAUACAAUCUGGCUGUAAGACUUGUUUUCACUUAUCAAAUAAACAAUAGAUAAAAGCCAGCUCAAGGUUAUGGUCAUGUAUCUUUCAUAUUUUCACAUGAGAUCACAAAGAUCCUUGUUUAUGGGUAGACUAUAAAGUUUUCCAUUAUAUUGUCAUUUUUAUGAUUAAUGAUUUUGAGAUUUGUUUUAGAUCUAAGUGAGUCCGAGAAAAACAGGGUUCAAUUUUGGUAAUUUUGGGUUGUUUCCAUAACAUUUAAUGCCAAUAUUCAUAUUUAAAAAUUGUAUUCAUACGAUGUUUUUCAAAGCUGUGAUAGAUGUGCAUUUAAAAAAAAUGUUGCAGAAAGCUUGACAUAGUGAUAGUGAUCCGGCAGCGGCUACGAUAUAUAUUUUAGGUGGUGGAAGACCUGGAUGCUUCAUUCUUUGUAUAUAGAUGCUUCAUGUAAUGAAGUUUCCGUCAGUCACAUGUCGAAUGUCCUUGACUUCAUUUUCAUGGUUCAGUGACCACUUGGAAAAAAAGUUCAGAAUUUUUGUAAUGUUGAAUUCUCUCUUAUUAUAAGUAAUUGGAUAAUUAUAUUUGGUAUGUGCGUAUCUUGCAAGGUCAUUAUGCCCAUCAGACAGUUUAAAGUUGACCUCGACCUCAUUUCAUGGAUCAGUGAACAAGGUUAAGUUUUGGUGGUCAAGUCUAUAUCUCAGAUACUAUAAGCAAUAGGGCUAGUAUAUUCGGUGUAUGGAAGGACUGUAAGGUGUACAUGUCCAACUGGCAGGUGUCAUCUGACCAUGACCUCAUUUUCAUGGUUGAGUGGUUAUAGUUAAGUUUUUGUGUUUUGGUCUGUUUUUCUCAUACUUUAUGCAAUAGAUCUACUAUAUUUGUUGUAUGGAAUGAUUGUAAGGUGUACAUGUCUAGCAGCCAGAUGUCAUCUGACCGUGGCCUCAUUUUCAUGGUUGAUUGGUCAAAGUUAAGUUUUUGAGUUUUGGUCUUUUUAUCUAAUACUUAAUGCCAUAGGUCAACUAUAUUUGAUGUAUGAAAAUAUUUUAUGAUCUAUAUGUCAGUCGUGCAGGUUUUAUUUGACCUCAACCUCAUUUUCACGGUUCAUUGCUCAGUGUUUAGUUUUUGUGUUUUGGUAAAUUUUUCUUUAACUUUAAGUAAUAAGUCAACUAUAUUUGUUGUAUGGAAGCAUUGUUAACUGUACAUGUCUGCCUUGCAUGGUUCAUCUGACCUUGACCCCAUUUCUAUGGUUCAUUGGUCUUUGUUUAGUUAUCUUGGUUAAUGUUAAGUUUAUGUGACAGUUUUUAAUAAAGCUUUAUACUUAGGACUAUCAACAUAAUAUCAAUGAUUAGUAAAGAAGGCGAGACAUUUCAGCAUGUGCACUCUUGUUUAAAUUUAAAAAUUGUACCUGGAUUUAUACUGAAACACUUAAAUGUAGCAACAACUUGCAGAGAUCACUUUUGCUUAUUUUUGAUCAUGUUAAAUUUGUGAAAAAUAUACUUAAAAAAAUAGUUAAAUUUACCAAUUUUGAUGUGAUAGGCACACCUAAUUAUUGUACAUGUACAAUGUACAUAAUUAAACACAAGAUUAUUUAUUUGAAAUCAGUAAAAUAAAAAAAUAUGAAAAUAUCCACAUUUACUAGUACAAAAAUAGUGGGGAAAGCCAGACAGGAAGGUAUGUGUUUUACCUUCAAAUUUUGGAUUAACAGUAGGUAGAUGUAACUGUAGGAACACCUACUUGGCUAAUUUCUCAGACUAUUCCAGGGGAUACUUCAAUUAAUUUUAAAACAUUGAACAAUAAACCAAACCUAAUUUAUGAUAUAAUAUAAUUGUCAUGUGCACAAAAGUAAUACUUGAUUAUAUAAAAUGAAAAUAAUAUGUUUAAAUAAUCUUUAUUAUUAUUAACCUUUUUCAAUGUAAAUAUUUUAAUUUUAAAGUUAUAAGAUUUUGUUAGACUUAAUAUUUACAAGAACAGUUUAUAGUUAAAAAUACAAUAAAUAUGCAUCAAAGUAAAGGUAGCAAAAAGCUAACCAGAUGUAUAUAGAAAAAAAGUCAAUGAGAAAAAAUUUAUCAUCAAACACAUUUGAAAUAAAAAAAUCUGUGAUAUUCACUGUGAUUUGUUUCAAUACUUUUCAUUUGGGUUCUGUUGAGGUUUGUGUAAACUAUUUUGAAAUACACAAAUGUAAUCAUAUUGUAAUGACUAGGCACUUUUUUUGUUAAAGAUCUUGAGCUCUUUCCUAUCAUUGUGUAUUUAUGUGUAUUAUAAAUGUUAUUAUUGCAGCUGUUGCAGUGUUUAGUAUAAUUAUAUAAAUAAUUAUUGAUAGAAUAAGUAUUGUUUUCUUUAGUAUCAGUAUUUUAGAAAGCACACAUGACUUUAAACAGUGUGUUUGUGUAAAGGAGACAAAAAAGUAUAUCAAUAAUUGAAAUAAAAAAAGAAAGACCAUUUAGAAGAAUACUCAUAUCUUAGACAUUUCUAUAAUAUCCUGAAUUAUGUAAUACACAUACUCAUACUCAAAGAUUCUUAUGGCUUUUUACUCUACCGAACGUUUUGGUAAUAGUUGUAAUUCAAAGUGCCUAGAUGAAUAAUUCAUUAUUAAGCAACCUCAUGCGUAUUUUUAAAACUUUUUAAGUGGGAGAUCUCUUGGAAAAAUAAUUGAACAUUUUUUCUUUUAUUUGAAGUGAUCAAUUAAAUAUUAAUAUUUUAACAUGCAAAAGCACUACAAGUAAUAUACUGACAUUUAUCUAUUUCACUUGUUAGAACUCUGACAGAGGAUUUAUUUUCCUAAACUUAUUGCAGUUAAACCAAUUUUACACUAUAUGAUCAUACUUUAAAAAAAAUAAAAAAUAGAAAUGAUUCAAAAACUUCCACAAAUCUUCAUAUAUGUGUCCAAUCAUUAAAGAAUCUAUCUGCGAUAACAACAUGUUAGGUAUGUUGGACACUCUAUUUAUUGUGUAAAUUUACAGGAAAAAUGUCUUCUUCUCAGAGAGGUCUUUUUUCUUAGACCACAUGUAAGCUUACUCUGAUAUUGAGCACCACAGUUGACACCGACUGAGUGCUUUGUUCAUUUUGUCAAGUACUUUAGUUUUAGAGUUAAUAGGUUACAGUCAUUUUCAUAAGGUGAUGUUCAGCUGCCAAGACCAACAAGAUAAUAAAACCGAUAUCUGGUCAUCUGAAGAUAGACAACGUUUCCACAAUAACUUAAGUUAUAAUGGAACUAUUCAUAUUAAACUUUAGCACUAUGAUUCCUGACACACACCAAAAAGGUAAGAACAAUUGAGGUAUAAUAGUCAUCAUAAUCUGAUAAGAAGGCACUUAAAAAACAAAGCAAAGGAACAGUGUUUUCCUGCUUUCUAAUCUCGAAUUCACAAACAAAUCCUUAACACUGUUUUCCUGCUUUCUAAUCUCGAAUUCACAAACAAAUCCUUAACACUGUUUUUGGGGAAAAAGUAUAUCAGUUGAGGAGCAUUGAUGACCACAAAUUCAUUUCGAAUUGUUUUGAAAAAUAACAGGUAAAGUAUUCGACAUCCUUUUUAUUUCGAAAACUGGAAGUUUUGUGAACAGUUGAUGUAUAGUUAUGACAGUUUCAAUGACAAUGUAUGUCAACAUAGACAUGCCGACUAAUGUUAAUGAAAGUUUAUGCUGUUUAUGUUUAUGGAAACACAAAGAUUCACUGGCAAAUAUGUGCCAAACAUACUGUCACAAUAUGUACAACAUCCUAUUCUAAGACGGAGAGAAAUGAAACGUUCGAGCCUUACGUUUUUCCCAUGUUAUUCCUUAUGAAUGACUAUAUUUCUUUCUCCUUCUCUAAGUAAACAAUCUAUCAUUAAGGAGGGUGAUACUUGAAUACUGUUCAUGCAUAGGUAUCCGUUUAACAUAAAUUAAUCAACAUGGAAAUUCAAAUGCAGUACAAUAUUGUACAAAUGUUUUCUAUUGAAUGAAGAUGAACGACUGCAGAGGUCGUUAUCUAAAUCCUUUUUGAUAUUUAAUGGGAGUAAAGAGAACAACAGAAGUUGGCUAUUCUCUAAAGCUGUCUACUGAUGGAAACUGAACUUACUAAAUAGGUUAUAUGUUGAAUUGCAGUAUUGUAAACUGAAAGACUGUGUGUCUGUACUUGUAUUUAGUUAGGUGUAUAUAUAAAAAUGUGUUCCAUUACUGUAUUGUUAACGGUAAGAAUGCGUGCCUAUGUAUCUUUUAGAUGUAAAUAAAAUUGA